AUGGCGGAUAAGUUGGGAACAACAUUAGCAGAGAGUGAUAGGUCUUUCAGUGGAAGCGGGAUGUUACAAAAGUUAUCAGAGCCUGUUUCAGCCGGAAGUGUGUUAACAAGGACAUUGGGCCUUGAGGGGUCUAUUGUGAUGACUAGUGAGGCCAUGUGCGGGGCACUGGUAGUCUACGUGGUGCCUAAUCCCAUAUCGUCUAGAUGGAUAGCUGAGACAAACCUACCAUCUCGAUUCGUUCCCUUGAAGUUCGAUCUUUAUGAUGGUAUGUCCGAUCCAUUGGAACAUUUGAUGCAGUAUCAUCAUGCUAUAUUCCCACUCGGCUUACCCUAUGAUAGAAGAGAAGCCAUAAUGUGCAAAAUUUUUGUUACAAGUCUCAAAGGAGUUGCGCUGACCUGGUUUGACAGUCUCAAAUCAGAAUCAAUUCACUCUUUUGAAGAACUCAUCAACCAUUUUGGAGCACAAUUUGCUUCUAGCAUGAAGGUAAAAAAAGAAGCACACCACUUUUUCACCAUAACUCAAGGAAGAAAUAAGUCUUUGAAGGCCUACACACAAAGAUUCAAUAAAGAAAAUGUCAAUAUAUUAGAUUGUAAUGAAUCAAUUGUGAUAGAAGCUUUCAAGAAGGAUCUUUUGGGAGAAAAUUAUUUGUACGAAUCGCUCAUGAAAAGGGUCCCCGAAACAAUGAUCGAACCAAUGUCUCGGGCGGUGAAGUACAUCAACCUGGAAGAAGAUUGA